AUGGCUGCCUCGGUGACUUGUCUAUGCGGUGCUGUCGCGUUGACUGUUGAGCUGGAUCCAGCAGAAGAUCCCACACAGCUUCAACUAUGUCAUUGUCAUGACUGCCGGGUGGUGACAGGUCUACUGUUCUCGUCCUAUUAUCUUCUGCAGCAUGAGCCGCCUGCCCUGGAGACCUUGCAGAAGUACCAAGAGUCGCCCCAUGUGAGCCGUUUCUUCUGUAGAACAUGUGGAGCCCACGUUUUUGCUCAGACCCAGCCCAAUGGGCGCUUUCUAGUGGCAUCGGGAAUUCUGAUUGACAAAGAUACACCCCCCGUUCGUUCUAUCCAGCACUGGAAGGUCAGUGAUACCAUUGACGGUGGAUUAGCGGUGUUUCUUCCUGAAUGGCCAUCCAAGGACACCAGCUGCAGGCUACAGACCUCACCCCAUCGGUCGGUAAUCAAUCCAGCACCACAGGACCUUGAACAGAACCGGAAUAUAGUGCAUGCAGGAUGCCAUUGUGGUGGAGUGCAGUUCGAUAUCACGCCGCCAGAUGCCUCCUCGGCGCAGGCCUUCUCCCAAUGGUGUGAUGUAUUGGUUCCCUUCAAUGGGGAUUUUCCCGACAAAGACAAUCAUGCAGAUGUGAAAUGGUGGCUGCGGGAGGGACAUACCAAAUUUUUCGCCGCAACGUGUGCUUGUGUGUCAUGUCGACUAGGCAGUGGCUUUCCGAUUCAAGUCUGGGCGUUUAUCCCCAAAUCCAACCUUUUCAAUCGGGACAGAUCCCCUCUCACAUUUGGCAGUGGAACUAUGAAGGUGUAUAACAGUUCCCCGGGGGUGUAUCGGGAAUUUUGCGCCCGUUGCGGUGCCACUAUCUUCUGGCAUAAUGACGGACGGCCAACCUUGAUUGAUGUCAGCGUGGGCCUGAUCCGAGGCCCUGGGGCACGUGCCCUGGCACUUCUGGAUUGGGGGUUGGACCGGGUCAGCUUUGCUGAAACGGCCGUGCAAAUAGACUUGGUGGACUGGCUGGAGACCGGGAUGCGACAGUUCUCGGGACGCCAGACAUCAAGAGAUACUUGA